GAUUUAAGCGAGACUUACUGUCCAGCGAUAACUGACAAUCCCCUCCUGUUUCUGUUGUUAGUUGUAGCAGAUUGUUAGACCUCCCUCUGUGCACGAGCGAGGGGCGGUGAUUCAUUCCCCUCAGAACCAGCUACCACGCGACCGAUUCGAGGGAAGCUGGAAGACGAACACGGCGAAAGAACAAAAGAGAACGGCCAGAGAGUAGAUGCAAAACUCUGGGUAAACAAGAAUAGGACAAUACCAGGUUGCCUUUUUUAAAUACCGAAUUGUAUUUCGGAUAAAGAGCGAUAUUGGCCUUCAGGCAGCACUCUUGAGCUCCGCCAUUUUUAUUUAUAUUUGACAUUUUUUUAGAAAGCCUGAAUGCGCUCUUUUUUAGGGAGGGGGGGGAUUCAGAUAUUAUAGACUAGAAAGGCUCAGAAUAUAUACCCUGGAAAAAAAUACAUUCCGAGAUAUAAAGAAGGGAAACAGCGCACAAGCCAAUAAAGUGAUGCGUCACUCGGCCGUUUGUUGUAACACGACCGCCUCCCCUUCCCGUUCCCCUGCCCCCCCAACCCUCCUCCCUUCCAUCAAGAUGAGGGGAAGACCAAGGGAAGCUGAGCGUAAGUGAUAAUUCAUCGGGGAAACAUCGAUGAUAAACCUAACAAAUCGCCCGGCAUGAGUAACCCGAGAUGAAUCGAGGCCGAUGGUACAUUGGAAGCAGCCAGUGGCACCUAGAGGCCCAGUCAGUUUAAUUAAAGUGAAAUCAAUGCAGUACACCAUUUUCAUGCUAAAAGGAAAGAAAAAAAGAUUGGAAAAAACGCCCUCGAAGGCAGUGGCAGUGAAUGAGUGACUUAGUAUGGCCCUGACCCUGGACACGAAAUAAAGCGUUAAGGUCGACUAAUGGACAGAACUAUAAUUUUACUUAAAGGAACUCUUUAAAGUACUCAAAACUAUUUAGCCUCUCUAAACUUUUUGCGUUCCGCUUCCGCGUCGGGUUGCGGGGUCAUGUCAGACUGAGGCUCGAGUUACUUUGGAAAAGUCAUCGAGUCGUUUAAUCGAGGCCAGCGGCGGAAGGACCCAGAGUGUGGACGUAGCAGCACCCCUUCGAAAGCAAACCAACCGUGGAAACUUGAGAGGGAAUAGUAAUCAGGCCUUCGGAGGGACUCGCGCGGCGUCCCCCGCUGGGAGGGAAUCCGUCUCGACGUUACAUGAAUUUGAGUCGUAGACUUAUUGAUUUUUUUCCACCUCAGAAGUUAACUUUUUUGUUUUUGCAGACCCGAAAUGCCAAAAGCAAAACCGGUUAAUUAGUGGAAAAAUGACAUUGUUUUAUGUAUUGAGUCGAGUUCGUGAGCAGUAAGAAAAGAAAAGAAUAUCGACUUGCGUUUCUGUAGAAAAGAACGAGAAACUUGUUCAGAGACACGAACUCCGCAUGAUAUUCCGAAGCGGAAUUUAUGGCCGAUACCUGGGCACAGGUUUACGAUGCAGCUUUGAAAGAUAGAUAGAUCCGACGUUGCUGGUGAAGGGCACGCGUCUCGCUGAGUGUAACUAUUCACUGGAUGAGCGGCUAGUCAUGAGCAAGGCGGAUGGAAUGCCAGGAAUAGAACCUUCCCGGAGCUUUCUUGGGUCGGAUGAGAACGUGAGAGAAGGUGCUUUCUGUGAUUCGCUCUUUUUUAUCUGCGUGUGACUCAAUAACCGUGAAUGGCCGGAGUGCCAAGAAUAAAACACUAACUGGAGAGCUGAAAGGAGAAAAGAGGCACAAUAGAACCUAGCUCCCCUUCCCUUGUAUGCAGCGCCUAGCAACCCCCAAUUGCAGCGAGGAAAGGACGCCGCUGUGAGGGGAGGACGCGGUCUGCCUCUGUCCACCAGCCAAACAGUCCUUUCCCUCAUGACAGAAGCCUGACUCUCCUGUCCUGCAGGAUCGUCCGCCUUUCAUCCUACCCCGGGGAGGGUACUGGUGCCCGUCGACAGACCCGGGGUAUGAUUGCUAAGGCCGUAUGGCGCAGCGACCUUCGACGCCUGAUUGACGUUCGGUAAUGGUUGUUAUUCCAGAAAAUGAGACACGGGAACAUUUCAUUUCCGCCAAGAUUUAUUGCGCAACAGAUUAGUGUGUUUGACGAAUAUUGCGAGUUAGAUAUUUUGUGAUCAUUGGGAUACACGGUCCCGGGAGACGUGUAUGAACGGCCGAUACACAAAUUCUGGGUAAUUUUACGACCGGAUGCAGAUUGCUCCUGUGAUUGGGGAUGGCCGUCAUGACUGGUGCAAGCUCGCUCGGGACGUCACGGGGGCCGACGGACGCCGCGCAGUCUGCAGCCUCUUGGCCGCUGGCGGGAGUUGUCUGAGAGGCCACCGCGAUUCCACCGCGAAACAGAAGAAGGUCUGUCCGUGAGCGUAUAGGAUUCUGCUCACUGAUUAUUUAUUUAGCAUUAGCCAGCAGUGAGAACGCCGACGGAGCGAGAUGGCGCCCAUGUUCUGCACGAAGUUGUUCAACUGGAAACCGAAGGGCAAGAAGGACGGGGCUCCCAGACCGCACUUGGACACCGUCUUCCCCGAACCGCAGGAUGAGGGGGAGGCGUGUCCCUAUUGGACCCACGUGGCAUGCAAUCCUCCGCCGCCUCCGCCCUCGCGCCCGCACACGCCUACUCACGCCCGUACCCAGCCAACGCCGCCGCCCCUCCCCCCGCACCACCCUGGCAGUCCCGUGCACCACCAGCCUCAGCCCCGCUCGCCGGCCACGCACCGCCGCGCCCACGCCCGCAACCACCUUCCGUAUGGGUACAGCAGCACCUACAACAGCCCCUACCAGAGCCCACAUCAAAGCCCAGGCCCCAACAGCCCAGUCAACCACAGCCCACACCACUUUACCCCCAUCCACCACAGCCCUGCACACUGCAGCCCCGCGCACUGUAGCCCUGUGCAUCCUACCCAAGGCUACAACAGCCCGGUCCACGUCAACCAAGGUUACAACAGCCCAGUUCACGUGAACCAGGGCUACAACAGUCCAGUUCACGUGAACCAGGGCUACAACAGCCCGGUCCGCCAGAGCCCGAUCCACAUCAAUCAAGGAUGCAACAGCCCGGCCCACCAAAGCCCAGUGCACCACGGUUCCGGCUACAACAGCCCGGUCCACGUCAACCAAGGCUACAACAGCCCGAUUCACCCGACCCCGGUCCACCCCAGCCCGGUGUACCCGAGUCAGAACUACAACAACACGAUGCACCAUCGCGGGUACAUUCUGGAGAGCAACUACUGCCAGCCGUUGCCCCCGCCGCCGCCGCAGCGGCCGCCGCCUCCUAUACCGGGAACUGAAGGUUCCCAGUUGAAGACCGUCGCCUCAGCGAGCAGCAGCCGCUCCACCUCUCCGGCCAACGGCAGUGCUUCCUUCAUCCCGCAGCCCAGGAGCCACAGCGGCCGUGCAUCGCUCAACGAGAAGCACUCCAAAACUGGCGGCACUUCGAACCUGGUCAAGUCGAACAUCCGGGGCCCCGCCACUCAGACCGCCCACAACGUGUCGGGGAAUCACGCCCUCGCCUCGCCCUACCACGCCUCCUCCGCGCCUCCAGCCAAGCAGAAGGACUCCAUGCUGGACAAGUUCAAGCUCUUCAACCACAAGGAGAAGGAAGCGAGGAACAAGACAACGAGUAAGAGCAGCAGUGGGGUGAGCAAGCGAACGAGCAGCAGCAGCGGGUUCAGCAGCGCCAGAUCCGAGCGCUCUGACUCGUCGACCAGCUUGUGUUCCGACGCCAAGCCGCCUCCGCUGCCGCCGCACCAAAGCUUGCCUGUGAGCACCAGUAGCAGCAGCAGUGAUCAGACGAGCCACGCGGAGGCGCAGCAGGGGGGAGCGCCCCCCGCCUCCACCAAGCCGCAGGGCCUCCGGGGCAUCAGGUCCAAGUUUUCCAAGUCUGCGGGUAAGGAGGGCAAGGAGUCGCCCAAGGCGUCGCGCAAGGACAAGGAGCGCGAGGAGCGGGAGGGGUCCCGGGGGUCGCCGCGGGGGGGUCACAAGGCCCACCGAGACCCUCGCGGAGAGAGUCGCGACAGAAGCGCCAAAAAGGGCGACAAGCUCACCCUCGAGUUGGAUGGCGGCUCGCGCCCCCAGCGCCCCCAGUGCCCCCUGCCAGCCAAUGCCGAGAAGGACUCCCGGCCCCCUGCGCCGGGUCCGCGGCCGGAGACCGCAGGGCACGCAGCCUCAGAGACAGACCAGCCACCCGCUCUGCCGCCCAAGGAGAAGGACCACAAGGAGCACAGCUACAGCCACCAGGAUCAGACCCCAGCAAUGCAGCAGCAGACUGUCGUGACGACCCCUGGCAGCCCUCUCCCUCCAGGCACUCCAGGCACGGGCAUCCCAAAGCCCACGGCCCACGUGAAGGGCCAGACCAAGGUGGUGCCCCCCGAGCGGUCUGCGCCCCCAACCCCCACCGCCUCGCCCAACGUCAACUCGUCCCAUCAGGCCAAAGACUACAACAAAAUGGUCCGCCCCGCGGGCACGCCCUCCACGCCUAAAAUCGGAGGCAGCAGCGCUCCGCGGCCGGCAGGGACGCCCUCAGGUGGAGAGGCCAACGCAGCUCAAGAUUGCCGCGACCUGAAGGGCUCUCUGCCGCGCCAGAAGCAGCUGGGCAGACGGGAGGACUCCGCGACGGGCAUCAGCGUAGCGAUGGUGAGUCCCAUGCCCAACCCACGCGAGAAGGACAUGGUCACGCCCUCCGAGUCGGGCUCCAACAUCAGCGAGUCCUCCCAGAGCAACAGCGGCCACAGCAACAGCACAUCUUCCGGCAACUCCUCCGUCAUCUACAAGCCCACGAGCUCAGAGGACGACAGCGUCUCCGACCUGAAGACUCACAUGAGAAAGGUGGAGGAGAGGGCCGAGGGAGAAGAUGGUGACGAAGUUAUUCUGAAUAUCAAGCCCAUGCAGCCGUUAGUGAGGGCUUCGCAGUAUGGCUACAUGAGAGGACUAGGACUACACCAAACCCGCACAGUGCCACCUUCUUUGCACGUUUCCAGACUAGCAGCCCUCCAAGACAACGCCAACACAGUACCGCAGAAGGGGAUGCGUAUUGGGCCUCACCUCAAGCGUCCUCCGGGUCCAAGCCAGGUUAUUGACACGGAUUACAGCGACCUGGAGAGUGUGGACCUCGCAAAUGGUUACAUGUCCGACGGCGACGUCCUACGCAACGUUGGCUACAAAUCCGGCAAUUCCUCGGAUCUUGACGGUUACCUGAGCGAGGGCGGCGCCUCCCUUUACGCCCACCGCCUCAACCAGCGCUUCAAGGAGGGUAUGAGGCAGGUGCACGAGAGCAUGAACAAAGUGCAACACUUCAUUCACGACGACAGCAACGGCACAGAAAACGACAUGGAGGUAUCCUCUCUCUCUCCUUCCACCACGUCGUCAGAGCCUAGGCACUUUGACGAGGACGAUUAUUUAGACAGGGAUCUAAGCGAAGAUAAAAAGGAAGGAGAGGAGGAAGAGGAAGAUGAUAUAUUUAGCGAUGAAUGCAAGCCCAGGCCACCACCAAGAGAGGAAUCGGGCACCAGGAGGCGCUUCGAUGACAGUAGCAGCUUGAGUUCGGGGGUGAGCGACACCCUCAACGAGAUGUCGGCGGAGGAUGUCCUCUCCUCGUCCCUGUCCUCGGACCACCCGGCUUACGUCAAGGGUCGUAGCAUGAAGGAGGUUGGCCUGAAGCUCCCGGUGGGUCUGAGUGGGUCAUCGUCCAGGAAGGCAGCCAUGGGUGUAGAUCCUUCUGGCGUGUAUAAAGUAGUAUCCAGCCGAGCUCAUGUCAAGAAGACAGAGAGCGCCCAACAGACUGAUAAUAGUGCCUUUAAACAAAUAUCAAACACACAGUGGAAGAAAUAUGUUGAAAAUGGGAAAGGAAGCCUUGAACGUUCAGCAAGAGAUUUACAGAGAGGCAUUGAUCCAUCAAGUGGAAGCUCUCGUAAGGUAGACCACAAAAAGUCCAACUUGGGUUCUCCACAAACUGGAGUUCCCAGCAGUCCAGGACUAAAUGGUAGUUCUGGGGUAUCUGGUAGUGCCUCAGGUGGAUCUAGGAAGAUGGAUAAGAAAGGAACCAGUGGAGAAAAGAGAAGAGAAGGAGAGAGAAGUAGCAGAGACAAGUCUGCUGUUGCCAUGUCUCCCCAGGUGAAUGGGGAGUCAAAGAAAAUCCAGAAUCCCAAGACUGCUCCCAGUAACUUUGGAUACAAUGGGAAAAGAACCACUAGUACUGGUAGUGUAUCAAGCACUGGCAGUGGAAAGGGUAGUAAGUCAGUCAAGGAAGUAGACAGUGCUGGUGGUAGCAGCUCUCGUCAUGACAGCUCUAGUCAUAGCUUGGAAAGACCGAGAACCAAGCUUAAGGUGUCUGGAGGCACACAAACCACCAGUGACCUUCACUAUAUGUCUACAGGAGUCCAUAGUGAUAGCGAGUAUUCAUCUAGCUCUCUUGGCAGAAAGUACCAACUCAAGUCCUAUUCUUUAAAUGGUCCAGUUGCUGCUCAGCUGUCACAGAGUGUACGGGAAAGAAUCAUGCAGUCUCCUUAUGGCAAAAUCCACGUAGGAGAAUAUGGACAGUAUCCUCCUGCAUAUUAUCGGGAACGAAGUCCUCGCAUCAAACCCACAGAUGGCUCAUUAAGCGAUUCUCCGUAUUCCAAUUAUGCAGAGAUACAGUAUAGUGGAAGUCCAUACAGUAGCCCCUAUUCCUGGGUAUCCAGAAGUAAUUAUGCAGGAUCAGUGGCUUCUGCACCAACAAGACCCCUGGGUGGCAGUCUGACAGAGGCAGAGAGCAUGGAGAGUAUAAGCUCAAGCGCCUCGAGUAUAGCUGCACAGAUCCAGCACGCUCGAGCCACCAGCCUCACACAAGCCCGCCUCAUGAUGCACCAACGGGAAAUGUCCUCAUCACCCUCCCCUAGGCUCGCUCGCUCCAAUAGUGUUAGCCAUCUUAUUGAACGGACCUUCCCUAGAUCCACAAAGUCUGAGAAACUGUACAGUAGUAGUAUGGGAGGUCGAGAUGGCUACCAUGCCUCACAGCCUACCAGUCCAACGCCACCAGGAGGCACCAGGCUACCUAUAUCUCCCCUGAACACUGUUCGAGGCUCCCCGUAUUAUUCAACUGUGAUUCCUAGAACUUCAAAGGAUGAUGAAUGUCAUGGAUCUUCAUUAUCAUUGGUGUCCUCAUCAUCAUCACUGUACAGCUCACAGGAGGAAAAGCAAGCUGCAGAGAUUAGAAAGCUGAGGAAAGAAUUAGCUGAGGCACAAGAGAAAGUUGGAACUCUGAGUAACCAACUUAGUACUAAUAACUCAGUUUUCAACCUGAAGAAUACGGCUCAUGUAGUUGCUGCCUUUGAGCAAUCUCUUACCAACAUGACCAACAGAUUGCAACAGCUUACUGCAACAUCAGAGCAAAAGGAUUCGGAGGUCAUGGAGUUGCGUAAAACCAUUGAGGCCCUGCGUCAACAAAGUGUAGACGCUGGUCUUACUGUAGCCUGUCUCCAAAGUACGUCCCCCGGCCACCACCAGCACCACCACCACCACCACCACCACUCCCCCCCUUCCCCUGCCAGGCACCAACACACCCAUCUCUCUCCCAACAUUGCCUCGUGUUCUGUGCUCAAUGUCACCUCAGGCAGUCGUUCCAGUUCACCAGAAAAAUCAGGGCAUGACCUUGCGCGCAGGCACACCUUCACGGGGAAUUGUAAAGACCUUGUAGUGUGUGAAUUCACUGAAGCUGGUGGUAAACUAGUACGAGGAACAUCAGUGGAGUCUGUGUCAAGUUUGUCCUCUGCAUGCUCAGCUGCAUCACACACAUCCAUGCAAGAUAAAAGUGAUGGAUCAAAGUCUGGAAAGAAGAAAGGUUGGCUACGAAGCUCAUUUAGCAAAGCCUUCUCCCGUGGACACAAGAAGAGUAAACAUGGUGUUGGUGGAGGUUCAGUCUCCGAUGUGGAAGGCUGGGACCGCGGAGAAUGUUCCGCUCCUUCGUCUCCUCUCCUCCAGCGUGCAAAUGGUGGAACAAGUGACCCCGAGUGUCAGUCCACAACUGGAACCUAUGGUAACAACAAGGAAGAGGACGUGGAGUCACUGAAGAUUCAGUUACGAGAAAAAGACAUGGCUCUUACCGACAUUCGACUUGAAGCCUUAUCUUCAGCUCACCAGCUGGAAUCUCUCAAGGAAACCAUAAGCAAAAUGCGCUCAGAAAUGGUGUCGCUAAAGCAAGACAAUGAUAGACUGGCGAGGAUGGUGUCCUCAAAGUCCCUGAACUCCUCGCAGAGUUCACUUCCUGUGUCAGAUUCGAUAGAACAAAGAUUAAGUCUUGGUGGUGAUGAAAUGACAAUGCCAGACUCAACAGAUGUGAUUUUAAUUGACCCUAGUGAUAAGGAUGGAAAACGAGUCAGUAUUACUGUCUUCAUGGGAUGCCAUGGAGAUUAUGAUAAAUACAUGAAUCCAGCUGAUGGUGUGUCAUUUAGUGAGUGUAUUAUUGGAGCUAUAUCUGUAAGUGGGAAAACCAAGUGGGAUAUGUUAGACAAUCUUGUGAAACGCAUUUUUAAGGAAUACAUCCUUAGAGUUGACCCUGUCUCCAACCUGGGACUUAGUGCCGAGUCUAUUUUCUCAUACCAUAUUGGAGAGAUUGCCAGGGGACGUGAUGCAGACUCACCGGAGUUACUCCCAUGUGGGUAUUUAGUGGGAGAAGUGACAAACAUCAAGAUUACUCUCAAAGGAGCCACUUUGAAUCAUGUUGAUGCUCUUGCAUUUGAAACUUUGAUUCCGAAGUCCAUUGUCCAAAGAUACAUGUCUCUUUUGACUGAACAUCGGAGGAUUAUUUUGUGUGGUCCUUCAGGCACUGGAAAGACAUACUUAGCUCAGAAGUUGGCAGAAUAUCUAGUAACCCGAAUGGGAAAAGACCCAUCACCUGGUUAUAUUGCAACAUUCAAUGUUGACCACAAGACAGGAAAAGACCUUGGAGCCUACCUCUCCCACAUUAGUGAACAAUGUGAGAGUAAUACUUCAGACCUGCCUUUGGUCAUCAUUCUAGAUAACUUGCACCAUGCAGGAGCCUUAACUGAUGUAUUCAAUGGGUUCCUAAGUGCGAAGUAUAGUCAUUGUCCUUAUAUUAUUGGAACAAUGAACCAGACUACAUCAUGUUCAACAACUAACUUACAGUUGCACCAUAACUUUAGAUGGGUUUUGAUGGCCAAUCACAUGGAGCCUGUCAAAGGCUUAGUGGGAAGAAUAGCUCGAAGGAGAUUGACACAGGUUGAAGUGGAAGCUGGUUCAAGGUUACCCCGGCUUCAACAAGUGCUGGAUUGGCUCCCGAGGUGCUGGAGUCACAUCAACAAAUUCUUGGAGACUCAUUCAUCUUCAGAUGUUACUAUUGGUCCUCGCCUGUUUUUGUCUUGUCCUGGAAGUCUGGAGGAUUCCCAGGUGUGGUUUACUGACCUGUGGAACUAUUCCCUUGUGCCCUACCUUGUUGAAGCUGUGAGGGAAGGGCUCCAGUUGUAUGGAAAGAGAGCAACCUGGGAGGAUCCUAGUACCUGGAUUACCGAAACUUACCCGUGGCCACCAAGCAAUCAUGCAGGCCCACAGGCUCUAUUGUCUUUGCGCCCUGAGGAUGUGGGAUAUGAUGCCCUGGCUCCCACAGUGGCUCCUGCAGCACAGGAUAAGUUCAAGAGUGAUAGCCAAGGAGAGAAUGAUCCAUUGUUGAGUAUGCUGAUGAGAUUGCAAGAAGCUGCCAACUACUCCAGUCCUCAGCAGGACUCUGAUACUGCUUCACUAGAAAACAUUGAAAACACACUGGAGUCCACCAUCUGAACAGAUGGUAUUGCCUUAAUUAAAGAAAUAGCAUUAACUGGAACUUUCUUAAAUGUCACACUUUCAAGAUACAUUUGAUUAUGAAUAGGAUGUAAUAUAUAUAUAUAUUAGUAUUGUGAUAAAGUUGAUAGGGCAUUGACAGAGAUGACAUGUUAUAUAUGAUUGCCUCAGAACUUUAAAAAGUCACGGGUAAUGUUUGGGAUCUAGUCACAUCUGGUAGCUUUCUAUCAGGAAUGAGGAAGUAAAGGGGGCCCAUUUUCUGACUGACCAAGACAAGACAUAAUUCUCAAAAUAAUAGGAUUUUUUUUUCCCAUAUAUUUGACAGACAGUGUUUGUAACAGACAAACCCAAGCCAGAGUUGAAAUAUACAACUAGUUUCAUGAUUCUGUAAAUUUUGUCAUUUAUAGAAAGGUGUUUAUGAUCUCUCAUAAUAAUGCUAUAUAUAUAGCAUCCUUGAGCUGUAUCUUGUCAAUUAAAAACUUAGUUUAAAGUAGCCUGCAUUUGGUACUAGUGUCCACUCAGUUUGAGUAUAGAGCAUGGCAUGGUUCCUACUCUGUACAUUGUUGACAUCUGUGUGAUGCGACAAAUCAUUUUGACCUCAGUAUGAGUAUCAACAUGAUUCAUUGUCUGUCAUCAUUCAUAUUCUUGUAUGAAUCAUAAGGUAGCUCAAACUAUGUUUUAAUAUAUAUACACACAUAUAUAUUAUAUAUAUAUAACACAUAUAUACACUCUUAUAAACAAGAACAUACCCAUUUGUGUAUACACGCACACACUUACAUAUUGCUCUAUGUUUGUGCUGAUGUUUAUAUAGUCUGUCCAGUUGGACAUUUUAUUUUAUAAUUGCUAAUAUUUCAGAGCUAUAUAUGAAUUUAUUAUGCACAAAUAUAUUUGUGGAGGAAUAGAACUUCCAUGGUAUGGUUCUUCCAAAGUGUCUAAAUAAUAGUGUAAAUAAUUCUGGGUUUGAAAAAGUGGCUGGAAGCUUUAAUGUGGUGUAUUAUGAUGUGUUGUUUGUGGUACCAUCAUGUCUUUAACUGUGCUUAUUAAUGCUGUAAAGCUAAUAUGCAGCAAAUCUAUAUUGUUUAGCCUUCAGAGAUACAGCAGUGGCUGUAAAGUCUGAGGCCAUAUGUUCUGUAUAUAAUGUAUUUUGUACACUUUAAUUUUAAACCAAAGCCAAGCAUACCAGUGUCCUUAGCUUUUGUGCCUGUGGGCUAAGACAGCAGUAGUAAUUAUUGCUCAGAGGCAUAUGGACUCCUGUAUUUCCUAUUUUCCCUUCUCCUUUCCCUUGCCCUACUGCCAGCUCUGAAAUUGUGGCUUGAUAUUUAGCCUUCACGCCCAAAGUUGCCAAAUUCUAUAUUGUUACUGCCUUUCUCUUUUAUAAUAAUGUAAAUAUUGUAUAUACUGUAUUCUGUAUGUAGAGUCUGACUUGCUGUUUCAAAACUCGUGUGUACUGAAUUCAAUGGACCAUUUGUAUGUUCUCAAAAGAAUGUAUGAAUUGACACAGAUACAUUGUGAAUGGAGCGUCAUGUAAGAUUUGUGACAUCAUCGGCAUUUUCCAUGACAGGUGUAAAGAAAAGUGAUAUGUUAUUUGUAAAAGUAACUCUGAGUGUAACUUUGAUGCCACAAAUAGUCGUGAUUGAUUCCAACUUAUGCAGGGAUUCAACAUUCAGAUUGCCACCACACUUUUGUUAAAUAUACACCUGAGGUGGAAGACUACACAUUUCCCUUGUUUCCAUUUUUAUACAUGCAAAACAGCAUUUUUAAAUAUAUUUCUUUUCAAAAUC